GAGAGGUGACAAGUUGAGAGGUCGUGUUAGCAAGACGGUAAGGCGGCGAUACUUUAGCUGCAGUUAUACUGAGUAAAUGCACUCAAAGAAAACGAAGUUACCGUGGGUCCGUGGCUGGCUCAGCUAAUAUCUCCCGAAGGGCGUCAGCUGUGAGGACUGGUUACGCAGCUGUUGGAAAAGCUUUGCUAGUUAGUUCACGUUAGCAAGCUGCUAGCUAGCCAGCUUGCUGAGUUGCUAUGUCGCAACCGAGUGUUUGGAUUUACUGGAGCUAACGUAGCUAGCUCAUCCCAAGCAAACUUGGUUUCUGGAGGAAAAAAAACGAAAGAUGGCUGUGUCGGUGCGGGGCCUGUACUUUGUGGUGACCCUGUUUUUGGGUAGUUUCUUUGGAAGUGUCUUCAUGCUGGGUCCAGUUUUGCCCCUCAUGCUGCUGUCUCCUGCUUGGUACCGCUGGAUCACUGAUCGCAUCGUUGCUACCUGGCUCACCCUGCCUGUGUCCUUGCUAGAGUUGGUAUUUGGGGUGAAGGUGGUAAUAACAGGCGAUGGCUUCAUUCCGGGGGAGCGCAGUGUGAUCAUCAUGAACCACCGUACGCGUCUGGACUGGAUGUUCCUUUGGUGCUGUCUGCUCAGGUACAGCUACCUUCGGCUGGAGAAGAUCUGCCUCAAGGCUGCCCUCAAGGGUGUGCCUGGCUUUGGCUGGGCGAUGCAGGUGGCCUGCUUUGUCUUUAUUCAUCGUCGUUGGGAAGAGGACAAGAAACACUUGGAGAACAUGCUGGACUACUUCUGUGACAUCAGAGAGCCUCUGCAGCUGCUGCUGUUCCCGGAGGGCACAGACCUCACUGAAAAUACAAGAGUGAAGAGCGAUGCGUUUGCUGCCCAGAACAGCCUGCCGAAAUUUGAGUAUGUGCUGCAUCCUCGAACCACUGGAUUCAAUUUUAUUGUGGACAGACUACGGAAAGGUGACAACCUGGAUGCCGUCCAUGAUAUUACAGUGGCAUACCCCAAGAACAUUCCUCAGACAGAACGCCACCUCAUCCUGGGGCUGUUCCCCCGUGAGAUCCACUUCCAUGUCCGCCGCUACCCAGUGGCUUCGCUGCCCUUCUCAUCCUCAGACUUAGAAUCUUGGUGUCGAGAGCGCUGGGCUGAGAAGGAGGUCCGUCUCCGUGACUUCUACUCAGGCCAGCCCCGGGCCUUUGACAGGGAUGGUGUUGCACAUGUGCCGCCUUGUAAGUCAGAGCUGCGUGUGGCUCUGAUUAAAGCCGCCUCACUGCUGUACUGGAGCAGCUUCAUUGCUCUGUGCUUCACUGGCCUGUGGAUGUGGGCUCCAUUCAGGCUCUAUUUCCUGCUCAUGGUUGGAGUGUAUGUGGCCCAGCAGAAGCUGGUGGGAGGGCUGGAGCUGCUGGAGUUGGCCUGCCAUCGAUACUGGAAGUCCGUGGCUUCUGACAAGGGUGACAAAAAGAUGGUAUUGGAUGGGAAGAUGCAGUGAGGAUGGAAGACAGGGUUGCCUGGACAAUGACAUGUUUCCACCUAUGCUCAGCAAGGACACUGAGGACUCCGUUGUCUUGGCCUGUUCAUUCCAGAGGGCUAGAGGAUCCCUUAUAGGGACCUGGAGCUCCAUGCCUUAGAAAGGCUUCAGUGGAAAGAGCUUAACUUUCUGUUGUGAAAAAAAAAAGAGGAAUGUUAUGUACAUUUAUCUGUGUUGGGUUCAAGGAAGUCACCAUACAUGAUGUGUCACCCGCCCUGUCCUUUUCUUGUAGAAUCACUGUUAGUUAGCUUGAUGUCAGUGCAUUUUACCCAUUUUAUGUUGUUAGUGUUAUGGCUGUUUGUUCAGAGUCUCAUUGUCAAUGUAUGUCCUGAAACAAUGCUGUUAAUAUUUUGGAUAUUGUUGCCAUGUCCUUGAAACUGGUUUUAUUGUGUUCUGUGUUGCCCUUGGUUUUAUGUCAUAAGUUUUGGAGCAGAGCCAUAGUACAGACCACCUGUACAUAUAAUGACUUGACUCUAACCAAUAUUCAAGCACUGCAGCUGGAUUAGACGUCGGGGACUAGUUAAAUGAAUCAGUUUUCAUUAAUAGUCUCUGGCAAGGAAGGAGAAGGACACAUGUAAUUCCCAGAGAAUUAUUAAGGAAAAUACAGGUAUAUAUGCACCAUUGUUUACCUUUUAUUGGGUAUGAUUACCCUUUUAUUAAAAUUGGGGAAUCUAUUUUUCCCAAUUAGUCCUUAGA